UUUUGAGUAUUCAAGAUGAAUCUUUUCUCUCGGAGACCUCUUUUUAAGAAGAGUUACUUGAGUGCUGUUAACAUUUCAAGACAAUAUAAUGUAACUGCUUCAUCUGAAGAAACAGUCAAUAGCUUCUUACAGAGUCAUGAUGAGCUCCAGCAAACAUACCUGAAGGAAGUUUGUAUCUUAGUGAAUGAAAAUGACAAAGUUCUUGGCUCAGCUUCAAAGAAAGACUGCCACCUUUUGUCCAACAUCAAUGGAGGCAUGCUACACCGGGCCUUCAGUGUCUUCCUGUUUAACAGUAAGAAUGAGCUUCUUCUUCAGCAACGCUCCAAUGCUAAAAUCACUUUUCCUGGAAUGUUCACUAAUACAUGCUGUAGUCAUCCAUUGAGUACAAAACUGGAAAUGGACGAGGAAAAAGCUAUGGGGGUAAAACGUGCGGCCCAACGCAAGCUGUUCCAUGAACUGGGCAUUACGCCUGACCAAAUACCUUUAAAUAUAUUUGAGUACAUUACCAGAAUCCAGUACUCGGCAUUGAACCAGCCCAAUGAUGGCAUAUUUGGUGAAAACGAGAUUGACUAUGUGUUGAUUGUGAAGAGAGAUGUGGAUGUUAGUUUGAACUACAACGAGGUGCAGAGUUACCGCUAUGUUGAUCAGGAGGGGAUGAAAGACCUGCUUGCUAAGGCCGAGAGCGGGCACAUCCUGCUAACACCCUGGUUCACUAUGAUCUGUAAGGAGUUCUUGUUUAAAUGGUGGGCAAAUCUUAAAAAAACUACAGACUUUGUUGAUCAUAAGAACAUUCAUAAGUUGUCACAGUGAUAACUAGUUCUAUUCAUUGGUGUUAACUGCUUAGUAUGUAACAGGAUAUGUGUUUUUGUGUUGUUUUUUAUUAUUAUUAACCUGUUUGCAGCCAAAAUACUUAAAAAUGACCAGUUUUACUAUUUUGUUAAAAUUCCCCAAAUAUAAAAAAAUACAAUAAAAAAAACAAUACCAGGGAAUUUCCUCAUACAUCUCAUCGAAGUCCUCGUUUUAUAGUGAUAUUUUUGUUAAUAUAAAAUAUGAUUGUGAUUUUGUUUCUGAAAUAUUCAAUAUAGACUUAGCUUUAGACUGGUCAUUUGUGUUUUGUGUUUGUUUCAAGUGAAAACUGUGUAUAAUGUAACAACUAACAAGCAUAUUUCAAAAUAAACCAACAAUCCAUAAUUUA